UGUCAAGUGCAUGUAAAUGUCAUCUAAUAUCCGCAUUCUUUGAGCUAGAACCAUCGGGUAUCAUGUCGCGCAGCAUGAGACAGUGAAGAGUGCAUGUAGCCUACACUGUCUACACUAUCUACGGCAGGAUGAGGGUGCAUGGUGGACACUGCUGAAAGUGCAAAGUCUAUUGCAUUGUUUUCAAGGUGUCAAGUGCAUGUAAAUGUCAUCUAAUAUCCGCAUUCUUUGAGCUAGAACCAUCGGGUAUCAUGUCGCGCAGCAUGAGACAGUGAAGAGUGCAUGUAGCCUACACUGUCUACACUAUCUACGGCAGGAUGAGGGUGCAUGGUGGACACUGCUGAAAGUGCAAAGUCUAUUGCAUUGUUUUCAAUUAACUCACAAAACAAAUGUUGUAUUUUCUACUAGUUGAACACAAUUUCUAAUCCAAGGAGAACCGUCACCACUUCCGUACCGGGUGCAACAGGUAGAACCAACCGGUCUACAAAACUGGCUCAACGCGGAGUAUUCUGCCUGUUGAUUUGAUUGUCUGCCGGCAGCCAUGAUUAUUACGACCUUUAUCAUCACUAUCCUAAUGACAACAGGCGGGGACUGUGGUUGCAAUUUACAUCAAAGGAAUGGUACAGAUCUUGGGUUCACCGGACCACCCUCCGUGAAGCAACACGUUACACUCCAAGGGUAUAACACUAUAAAAUGCCCAGCAAUCAACUUCUGUCGAGUGGAGUGGUUGAAAGAUUCAAAGCCUUAUCCAUGGGAUUGGACCCAACCUAAUGGCAUGACUCUAACCGAAGUUGGCCUGGAGGACGACGCUCGGGUUUUAAAGUUCAAGUCAGCGUAUUACGACGCGCGAGGAGUGUACACCUGCGUCAUCUUCAAUGAUACCCACUCACUAAGCCGUUCGACAAAGCUUCAAGUUGAUCGUCCAUUUUGGUACAAAGAACCUGUCCUAAUUGGAGACGCAUCCUGCAGGAAUCAAACAGCAAACAUCGGGGAGAACAUCACACUUAGUUGCUCGUUCUACGCUGGGGGAGACCCAGAGUCUGUGGCUGUGUACUGGCUUAGGCCCAACGUUUCGUCCACGGAAAACCAAGCUCAAUGGCUGUCCCUUUCCGCUUCCAAUUGGGGACUUACAAAAUAUUUUUCCGAGCCGGGAGUUAGUGACAUAAGGAACAUCAGUAGACCUUCAGCCAGUAAACCACCCACAGCCAGCAAUGAACUUCGACUAGUCGGUAUUACUGAGGAGGCGUACGGUCAGUACAUUGUCCGGGCAAACAAUAAUGGCUUGCCUACUGAGGUGUUCCUGAUGGUUUCGAGUCCACCCGAAGAUGAACAUGACAAGGCUUGGCUAGCUCCCAUUUUCAUCUUUGCUUUUGUAACUGUCCUGUUUCUGCUUGUAAAAAUGAUGGCGGUAGAUGUCAAGCUCUGGUAUUCGGACAAGUAUGGACUCGAUGAACAGAAUGACGGGAAGCUUUACGACGCCUAUAUCUCUUACAGUUGGAAUGAAGCUGACCGGGAAUUUGUUCUCAAUAUCCUCCUACCAUAUUUGGAGAAAUUUGGGUACAAUGUUUUUAUUCCAGAGAUACACACAAUACCCUCAAACGUUUUCUUGGAGGAGCUGAGUAGAGCAUUGACUUCAAGUCGUCGUUUUAUUAUGGUCAUUACGCCAAGUUACACUUCCUCACAGUUCAGUCAGUACGAGGUGCACCAUGCCACUGAUGUCAUGUCAUCCAAGCUGGCUACGUGUAUUAUUCCCAUCUUGAUGGGUGUGUCUCUUUAUAAAGAUUCAUCACCUCUUAGCUGCCCAUCCUCCCCUACAUCAAUCUCAACAGCAUCAUCGUCUUUAUCACUUUCAUGCUCGUCCUCCUCUUCCCAAGACUCCUCUUCAUCCGACUGCUCAUCCGAAAUGCCAUCUCCAAGUUAUUUUUCGCCAUCUUCAAAAAAAGUCAAGAUGGAUUUCAGAUUGUGUCCUCUCCUCGGGCAGCUUCUGACUGUCGUAAAGCCAAUAAAAACUUCCAGAAAGGUGGUUAACAUACUGUGCAAUUAUAACAGGUUCCUUAAGAAACUGCGAUUGCGUAUGCCAAAACCCCCAGGUAGAAAACAAGAUGCCUUAACGCCUCUUGAAAUGGUAAACGUGCCACACAACAAACGUCUUGUGGAUAAUGAAGUGCUGCCUGAAGAGUACGUGUCAGAUGAUGGGUACAUACAUCAUGGUCAUCCGAAGAUGUAUCCAAUGGGACAUGACAUUAAUGUCACUGCUGCGGAUAGGCCUAGACCUAUUCUUCAUCCAGAAUUGCAGAGAGGAUUAUCAGAAGUUGAAGAAAGACAACUUCACACAGUUAUCGCCGAUAUCCAUGCCACAAACAAAACUUCAAGAGAAACUGAUACGGGAGAGAGGCACCAGACGAAACCACGUAUCAACACUCACAGGCAUCAAACUAUGCAAUGGAGCUCAUCAAUUGGUGAUCAAGAAGGGUUGCCCCCGGCGUGACCUUAUACCAGUCCUAUUCCAUGUAACUAAUUUACCACCCUACAAGACACAGCUCUCAUUGGCCCAAUUUCAUAGAGUUGCUUAACGGUAAGCAAUUUGUUUUGCUUCGUAGCAAAAAACCUUGCUUA